AGGAGGGGGCUCGGAGCCGAGACCGGCAUCCCUUCACUAACAGCACUGGGAGCCACAGAUCCGGGUCAGCCGGACACCGACCUCCAUGAAUGGAAAUCGGAGGAGCCCCAGGACCCGUGGCGGCUCAGCCCUUUUUUGUGGUGCCAAGGCGGCCUGGCUAUGGCACCAUGGGGAAGCCUAUCAAGCUGCUGGCCAAUUGCUUUCAGGUGGAAAUCCCAAAGAUGGACGUCUUCCUCUAUGAGGUGGAUAUUAAGCCAGAUAAAUGUCCUCGCCGAGUCAACAGGGAGGUUGUUGAUUCCAUGGUCCAGCAUUUCAGAGUCUCCAUAUUUGGGGACCGCCGGCCAGUUUACGAUGGCAAAAGGAGCCUUUACACCGCCAAAUCUCUUCCUCUCGCAAAUGCUGGGGUGGAUCUAGACGUCACAUUACCAGGAGAAGGAGGAAGAGAUCGUCCUUUCAAAGUUACUAUUAAAUUUGUCUCCAGGGUAAGCUGGCAUUUGCUGCAUGACGUCUUAACAGGGCGAUCCCUGCCUGAACCCCUGGAACUGGACAAGCCAAUUAGCACUAACCCAGUCCAUGCAGUUGAUGUGGUGCUACGACAUCUGCCCUCCAUGAGGUACACACCUGUGGGACGUUCUUUCUUCUCUGCUCCUGAAGGCUAUGAUCAUCCUCUGGGAGGUGGGAGAGAAGUAUGGUUUGGUUUUCAUCAAUCUGUUCGUCCUGCCAUGUGGAAAAUGAUGCUAAACAUUGACGUUUCUGCGACUGCCUUUUAUAAAGCACAACCUGUUAUCCAGUUUAUGUGUGAAGUUCUGGACAUCCAUAACAUCGACGAACAACCACGAGCUCUGACAGAUUCUCAUCGGGUAAAAUUUACAAAAGAAAUUAAGGGACUGAAGGUCGAAGUUACUCAUUGUGGAACAAUGAGAAGAAAGUACCGUGUCUGCAAUGUGACCAGGAGAGCCACCAGCCAUCAAACCUUCCCUUUACAGUUAGAGAACGGACAGACGGCAGAAAGGACAGUUGUUCAGUACUUUAAGGAAAAGUAUGGCCUACAGCUAAAGUACCCUCAUCUGCCCUGUUUACAAGUUGGACAGGAGCAGAAACACACAUACCUGCCUCUAGAAGUCUGUAACAUUGUGGCUGGCCAGCGAUGCAUCAAGAAGCUGACUGACAAUCAGACAUCCACCAUGAUCAAGGCUACAGCCAGGUCUGCUCCAGACAGGCAGGAGGAGAUCAGCCGGCUGGUUCGAAGUGCAAAUUAUGAUGCUGAUCCUUUUGUACAAGAGUUUCAGUUUCGAGUCAGAGAUGAGAUGGCCCACGUGACGGGGAGAGUACUUCCUGCCCCCAUGUUACAGUAUGGAGGAAGAAAUCGUACUGUAGCAACUCCGAGCCAUGGGGUUUGGGACAUGCGGGGAAAACAGUUCCACACUGGUGUGGAAAUAAAGAUGUGGGCCAUUGCAUGUUUUGCCACACAGAGGCAAUGCCGAGAGGAAAUUUUGAAGGCAUUCACAGACCAGCUUCGUAAGAUUUCCAAGGAUGCAGGGAUGCCCAUCCAAGGCCAGCCAUGCUUCUGUAAAUAUGCUCAGGGGGCUGAUAGUGUGGAACCCAUGUUCAGACACCUCAAAAAUACUUACUCUGGGCUCCAGCUCAUUAUUGUCAUCCUGCCAGGAAAAACCCCUGUAUAUGCAGAGGUAAAGCGCGUUGGGGACACAUUGCUAGGAAUGGCCACUCAGUGUGUUCAAGUGAAGAAUGUAAUAAAAACAUCUCCUCAAACUCUCUCAAACCUGUGCCUAAAAAUUAAUGUCAAACUCGGAGGGAUUAACAAUAUUUUAGUCCCACAUCAACGGCCAUCUGUUUUCCAACAACCUGUGAUCUUCUUGGGAGCGGAUGUCACGCACCCUCCUGCUGGGGAUGGCAAGAAACCCUCAAUUGCUGCUGUUGUAGGCAGUAUGGAUGCACACCCUAGCCGCUACUGCGCUACAGUCAGAGUACAGCGUCCUCGACAGGAAAUCAUACAUGAUUUGGCAUCAAUGGUGAGGGAGCUGUUGAUACAGUUCUAUAAAUCCACACGUUUCAAACCUACCCGGAUCAUCUUUUACCGAGAUGGUGUUUCUGAGGGUCAGUUCAGACAGCAGGUGUUAUAUUACGAGCUGCUAGCGAUCAGAGAAGCAUGUAUUAGUCUUGAAAAGGACUACCAGCCAGGAAUUACAUACAUUGUGGUGCAAAAACGUCAUCACACAAGGCUUUUCUGUGCAGACCGAACUGAAAGAGUUGGGAGAAGUGGAAACAUCCCAGCUGGUACAACGGUGGACACGGAUAUCACACAUCCAUACGAGUUUGACUUUUACCUCUGCAGCCAUGCUGGAAUACAGGGUACCAGCAGGCCCUCUCACUAUCAUGUUUUAUGGGAUGAUAACUGCUUUACAGCGGAUGAACUCCAGUUGUUGACCUACCAGCUGUGCCACACAUACGUGCGCUGCACGCGCUCAGUCUCCAUACCUGCACCUGCCUACUAUGCCCAUCUUGUGGCAUUUAGGGCACGGUACCACCUGGUUGACAAGGAGCAUGACAGUGCCGAAGGAAGCCACGUAUCUGGACAAAGCAAUGGACGGGACCCACAAGCCCUAGCCAAGGCUGUGCAGAUUCACCAGGACACCUUACGCACCAUGUACUUCGCAUGAAAGCGACCUUACCCCCAAAACACGCACAGGUUUGACUUACUGCAAGCAAUCCGAAGGAUCUGCCACGUGGGUUCCAGGGCUUAAGAGGGUGGUUCCCUAUCAAGGGCAUUGCCCUUUCUAACUCUCCCCAGUGCUCCCUUCUAGCUUGCACUGAAGCCCAGGAGCAGUUGAUUGAAGGGAGGGUUAGUCCUCGGCAUAGAAGAUCAUGAUGAACAGCACUAUUAUGCAAUAUAAAACCAGCCAACUGCUAGAUCGUUGUAAUGGAGCCUCCACUUGGAUGCACUGCUUUUGUUUUGUCUUUGUUACUUUCCAUUAUUUUAACCCUUUUAUGCCUUUACCUCAAUUUGCUCUGCAGCCCUAGCUGUCUUUGCAAGGAAACAAAAAAAAUGUAACUAGAAAAUAGUAAGGGUGUAUGUGGUACGCUUGGAUGGAGAUUUUAUAUAUUUCUCCUCAUACACUGCUGUAUUUGACUGGUGGGGGAAGUAGCACCAUUUUACUUAUAGCAGUGUAAUGUAAUCCUGAUGUCCUUAAAUGUAUUUAAUGUAUUGCUUAUUUUUCAGAGACAAGUGAUGCUAAAGUGUGAGAAUGUAAAGUAUACAUGGCCAUGAACUUUUACCACCUUUGGUGGCAUAGGGAAUGACUUGCAGUAGCACAGGAAAAUUAAAAUAUACAAGCAGCCCUUCUUGUGUGAAUGUCAAGGUAUGCGAGUGUUGUAUAAAUGUGGCGUAUGAGUAAAUCUAGCUAAUUAUAAAAGAGGAUGAAGAAUGUUGUUUAAAAGCGUAGGUCUGCUUCCCCCCCCCCCCCCCCCAUUUACCCUCACACCUUUUUAAUAGGUGUCUUCAGUACUGCUGUUGUAUGUGUACUACUUCCCAACCCCAGUGCGUCUGUCGGUCUAUUCAAACUAUAGUUUGCUGGUAGAUAUCAUGACUACAUGUGCACAAUGCUAAGGCUCUCCAUCUGACCAUAUCACCUCUAACCUACCACCGAAGUUGCAAGUUAAGCCAGGUAAAGAGUGCUUAGUAUUGAUCUACACAUGUCUUUCUUGUGCUGCAUCUACACCUUUCCACCUCACUACUAGAAACUUACUGUAACAAUUGGAACAUGGAUGCCUACUUAUUCAGGACAUUACUGUUUGAGCUAGUGAGGGCUGCACAGCAUUGUGACCACCCUGCAUAUAUAAAUAUAAAAUUACAGUUGUGUUUUUAAACUCUACUGCAUUCUUUCAGGAAAUGCUUCAAUGCACGCUGCUAGUUAUAGCAACAUCUAGUGUAGAAAGGUGAAGAUGCAGCAUUUUCUACUGUUUCUUUAAACAGUAGACUUCCUUUCUUCUUCUUGUCAAUUUUAUUUUUGCUCCUAUAUACUUUCAGUUACAUGUUGUAAUGUAAAACUUUUCCAGUCAUUUUUUAAAAAUAUUUAUUAGAGUAAUAACACUUAAUUUAAUUAUUUCAGAACGUAUUAUUGGCAAACCAUUUUCCUUAUAUUUUUUAUUUUUUUUGCUUGUUAGGGAACUGUAAUGUUGUAAAUGACGCUUUUCGUUUUAUUUAGCUGAUUAUAGUGCAAUAAGCAGAAAUUAAUUUUAAUUCCCACACUGCCAAUGGGAUCUGCAGAGCAUUGCAUAAAAGCCUUAAUUAUGAAAGGGAAGUGUCAAAGUAGCCUUGGUGGUAUUAUUUUAAUAAUCUAUAUAACACUGACAUUUUCUUGAAAGUGUUGUCUACACUUUAAUUGUGAAAUAUUACAAGAAACCGGUUUCCAACAGUGUGAAUUGUGCAAUGUUUGGUACUUUUGCUUUAAAUACCAAGUAGUUUUUUAUUUUUUUCCCCUACGGACCAAUAUAUAAAUAUAUAUAUAUGAAUUCUUGAUUGUAGUUUGUACACGGAUACAGGAGUGCAUAUUGUAUGUGCAUAAUGAAGUUCAUUUUACUGGGUGAAAGUAAAGUGAGAUCAUUGAAUUUAAUUUACCCAAUGUCCUAAUGAAGAAACCUCAUUUCAGUCAAUGAAAGUCCAACACUCUCCAUGGACCAAUGCAGCUACUAGAUUAGAAUUUUGCAAUCACACGUGACUGAUCUUCUGUCUAUUUUAACACCACCAGAUUUUGUAUUUAUAUGCAUUGCAGUUUACUUCUAAAGGCAGCUGUAUUUGGUAGCAAAUAUACAUGGAAUUUGUGGAGGGAAAACGGUUCAAUAAAUUGGAAAUGAUUGGUUA